AGUAAAAACUAAAAAAGAAAAUAAUGUAAGAAAAAACAAAAGAACUAAAACAAAGAUCUAGCAGAUCGUCUCCAUCUUCAUCUUAGCUGAGGAAAUUUGGAGAAGAUCAGUUCUUCCUAUUAGUGGCUUCAAAUCUCACUCCAAAGAUCUUUAUCCGUCCUAAACUCGGAGAAUCUCCCAGAUAUUUAUCCGUCCUAAACUUGGAGAGCUGAUGAAUUGUAAAUUUGCUGCAUCAGAUUGGAAAUUGCAGGUAUCCACCCAUCGCUACAGUUUCAUAGUUCGUCACGUUGACCUCAUCGAAAUUGGAGAGAUACAAAUCGCUACAUAUGAUGAGAUCUAAAAGCCGCUUAGAUUGGAGAGCUACAGAUGAAGGAAAAAUUCACAUCAGCUGUAAAUCACCUAAAUUUUCAACUCAAGCUCUAUCAGAUGCAUCAAUUUUUGCUAAAAAGACCCAUAUUGGCGUGUCGUCUAACAAGCGAUUCCAUUGGAAUAUUACAACUGAAGGUUCCAUAAAGGAUCAUUUUAUGAAAAAAUGUUCAAUACAAUACAGGGGUAUGUUAUGUGAAGCAAGAUCCUCUGAGGAGAAACGAAAAAAUAUCCCAAAAUCUAUUUGGGAGAGCUGGAAGCCUCACUAUGAUACUGAGGAUUUUAAGGCUAAAUCUGCACAAUAUUCCAAAAAUCGACUAACUGAGAAAUGUGGUGAAGGAUCUGGUCCCUCGCACCAUACUGGAGGCUCCCGGACUCACCGAGAGCAUGCAAGACAACUGGCGAAUGUUCUUGGACGACCACAUUAUCCGCAUGAACUUUUGAAGAAGACACAUACCAAAGGAAACAAUGAGUUUGUGGAUCUGAAGUCUAAGAGAACAUAUGAUGCUGUAAUGUCUAAGAUCACAUCUGCAUCUCAACUUGUAGAUGAAUCUGGUGAGUCACCGACAGUAGAUUUUUCAAAGAUUUACAUGGAUGAAGUGGGUGGGGUUAAGAAGGCAUGUAUAUAUGGUCUUGGUUCUCAAGCAGUAUUCUAUGAGAACAUUGGUUCAUCGUCUGCUUCAACUACUCAACCUCAAGAUUGUAGUUUUGAUGCUCGAGUGAAGGAAUAUGUUCAAGAAAUGAAAGAGGAGAUGAAGCAUGAGAUGAGAUAAGAGAUGAGAGAAGAGAUACGACAUGAAUUGCAUGAAGAAAUGAAACAUGAAAUGCAGCUAGAAAUGCAAGAGCAAGUUGAUAAGAUUCUCCAAGAACGUUUGCCCAUCCUCAUAGCUGGGCUGCCUAAACCACCCCCUAGUACACUGCUCACUGGUACACCUCCAACUGGUACACCACCUUAGCUUAGACAUGACCCAUUAUCAAAUAAUGAUAUGAGUCAUUUAAAUUUUUCAAACUAUCCUAAGUAGAUUUUGCAUUGUUUGUUCCGUAUUUGGAUUUAUUUUGAACUCUUCAUCUUAGAUUUUGCAUUGUUUGUUUCCUUAUUUGGUUUUAUUUUGAACUCUUCAUCUUAGGUUUUGCAUUGCCUGUUUCUGUAUUUAUUUUGAAUUAAUCUUUGGUUUUGCAUUGUUUA